CCGUGUUGUACAGAGGGAGCUGCAAGACGAGCUAAAUCCAGCAAGGCAACCACUUUAGAAAUGGAUAAACUAGUGAACUGUAUGUAUAGAAAACCUGAAGCUCUCUUCAGACUUAUCUGCUUUCCCUGGGCUGGAGGUGGAUCGAUAUCUUAUGCUCAGUGGGGAAAACACUUCAAUAAUUCUAUUGAAGUUUAUUCUAUACGUCUUCCUGGAAGAGAGACUCGUUCUAAGGAACCUUUUAUGCAGGACUUCCAGCAUCUCAUUGAUGAAAUUGCCACCAUCUUACUGCCUAGUCUUAAAGAGAAACCCUUUGCAUUUUUUGGUCACAGUUUAGGGGCAUACCUGAGUUUUGCUACAGCAGAGUACAUUAAACGAAAGCACAGUUUGGAGCCUGUCCAUCUGUUUGUAUCUGGUGCUUCAGCACCACAUUCUGCAGCUCGAUCCUUUGGCCAGAAAAAGUAUGAGCUCCCAGAUGAUGAAUUCUUGAAAUGGAUGACAUCCAUCGGUGGUACCCCGUCUGAAAUUCUUACAAAUAAAGACAUUCUGCAACUGUUUGUUCCAGUUUUAAAAGCAGAUCUUAGACUUUUGGACUUAAUUAGAUAUGAAAAACCACAGAUGAAACCUUUCUUCUGUUCUAUCAGCAGCUUUGAUGGAAAAGAGGAUGUACCACAUGACCUUGAGGCAUGGAAAGACUUAACAACUGGAGAAUUUACCAUCAUAAAGCUUUCUGGAGGCCAUUUUUACCUCAAGGAGCCAGAUAAUGAAAAGUUUUUAAUAGACUACAUCACAAAACAUUUAGAAACUGCAGAGGUGGACUACCUUUAGAAGUGUUUCAGUUUGGGUGUUCUAACCUCACAAUCACCACAUUGUCCAAGAGUGGUCAGCUUUUAAUUAGAACUUCAAUGUCUCAUUAAUGCCAUGAUUUUUCUUAAUAUUUUUUAAAGAAUCUGAAAUACCACAAUUCAAAUAAUUAGAAGGCAUUGUGAAAUAUGAAACUUAUUAAUUGUUAAACUGACCAUGUUUUAACCAAGUGCCAUGUUUUUAAAAUUGUAAAUAGUCUGUAUAUCUAAACACAAACAUCAUAAAAUAAUUGCAGUUCAGUCAUUAUUAAUUUAUGUUGUAUAGUAAAAGGAGUAACAAAGAUUUAGUGUUUCCACAUGGAUCCUGUUCCAUGGGUGUCAAAUUAGGCUGGCGUAGUAAGAUGUGAAUUUAAAUUACUGGCAAAAAAAAUCCCUCCUUUGCUCUUUCACCACAAACAACAUUCAAGUUGUAAGCAGGGCAAAAUUUUCAAUAUGGUAGGAAUGUUCCCUAAUAUACUAUUAUGGGGUUUUUUGGAAACAUAAAGCUAAAGACAAAUUUCAUAUUACAAUUUACAAGAUAUGUUUGGUAGAAACUGCCAGAUUUGCAUUCUGCCUUCAAAUUGUGCCCUUCAGAAAUUUCAGGGCUGACCUGUUUACUCAUUCCAUCACUGCAACCUUUUGUAACAUCUUUGUUCAUGCUUGCAACAAAAAUUAAACAUUUUCAUUUAAAAUGUAAUAUAUUUAUAAGCUACUCCCACUGCUGGUUUACAACGAAAAUAAAGAUUCACAAUUCAAGAUUCAAAA